AUGCAGAUUGCAGAGAUUUUAUCGGAUAUCACAUCGCUGCAAGUGUGUGUAAGUGUCAAACUGCAGAUUCCUGACCUGGAGCGUCCUGCCCCUCCCCCGCUUCCAAGAAGCGGAAUUCCGCGCGAUGCGGAUGCUAUAGCGCAGGGCCCAAUAAAUGGUCCAAGCACGCAUGCUUAUCUAGUACAGGGCCACAAUGAGGCACUUGCCCUCGUGAACCUGGAUAGAAACAUUCCAACAACAGAAGGCGACGAUAAUGCUGGAACAGAUGUGAAUAUGAGCGAACUGGGCAAGGCAGACUUGCAUCGAGCAAAAGAACUUGUCGAGCUUCAUUAUGAAGUCAAAUCGCGGCAUGUCAACGGUGAAGUGGAUGACGAGCUUCAACAAGCGAGGGAAGAUAUUAAGCGGGUGAUGGUGGAUCUGAACGAAGUAUAG